AUGGCAGGAAGGUUAGCUAAAGAGGAGCAACUUCUUUCAAGACAGAAAAUUAUAUAUGGCGAUGUAAGUUGGGAUUUUAUAAUUAUAUGUCACUGUCAAAAUCAAAGCAGUAAUGCUGAGGACGGUUAAAAAUAUAAACGCAAAUUCGAGAGAACUGUGGGGAAAUAUAUACCACAAAAAUUAUAUGUAAUCAAUAAAUUUGCAUCUAUUUAAUUCAGCAGACCAACCAGAAUUAACUCAGGAAUAUAUUCUGCUAUAAAAAAAAAAUCCCCAAAAUGGUCGGACUUCUGGAUACAUUAUUCCUUUUUUUACCCUUUUACGCUUUACCUCUCACUAAAUCCCUGUACUCGUCUACCCAUUUGACCUAUUCCAAGUUCUGUUUUAAUGAACAUGCAAAUCUGUCAGAUACUGUUGGAAGAUUAUAUAGGUAUUUCACAUGAUCGUGUAACUUAAAAGCAUGUUAUGACUGUUCUUCUCUUUCUUGUAUUUAAACAAUAAUAAACAAAAUAUACAUGUAAUACUAGGAAUAAACUUAUAUUCAUUUGGAUCCCUCAAUACUUGAAGGGGCUAGCAAAAUGUCACUUCCAAAAUGGCAGCUGUGAAUGUAAUUAUUAGGAGCCAUAUUACUUGUAAUUUAUUGUAAAUAAUUUGAUGCCUAAAAAUCAUAAAAUAAAUAAAUAAGUAGCAGAAUAGCAAAUUGAUGCUAAUACUCAAUCUUUUCCCAGAAUUAGUAUUCUAUAGCAAUACCUAAAGAGCAUCAAAGUCAGUUUCCUAAUUUUUUAUUAUUUCUGCCAAUUGUGUUUGCUUAACUGAAUUUCACAAGAACCUUCUAGGGGAACAAAAUUCCUGCAGAACCUGUUGUUAUGCAAAAAAUAAAUACAUUCAAAGUUCUAUUUUUAUUUUUUCAUUUUUUGUUUUAAGGAAAUAUAUCCUUGAUGCAUGAAUAAAAUGACGCUUUGACUCCAACCUGGAUUUUUCUCUUUAAAAGCUUAAUGAGGGUUCCAAAUAUGAACUUUUGUGAAUAACCUUUUUAGUGUGACGUGAGAAGGCCAUUAUCAUGUAUUUUCCGCAUUCUAGGAUUUUUACAUUUACAUUUGUAAUUUUCUUCCAAUUCAUACUGUUAUUAUUUUAGUUUUUUAGAUUGUUUAUAACAAAUUAACAUAGUUCAUUGUCAGGUGAAUAGUCAAAUAAGGUAUGUUUUCUUUACAUGUAUAUGUAUGCAUACAAUAUUUAUAAAAUUAUUUUCUAUUUUAGGCCUAUUUAAUUAGAGCAAACCCAACACAGAAAAACACAACUUCUGGGAUCAGAGUCCCAGCACAUCUUAAAAAUCGGAUCCAGAUGCGUACCAUAGAUCGCUCAGAAAAGGUAUACUCUACAAAUGAAUACAAUAUUCUGAUUCAUAUUAGAAAGGGCCAUUUUACAGGCAUAGACUGCAAACCUGAGAUUUUUUUUUUACAGUCUUAGGUUUUCUUGAUACUUUAUUUUUUUUUUACAAUGUUGUGGAUGUCAUUCUCCAACGAAAGGCCAAACAAUGUAUACAUUCUAUUCAUAUUCACGUGAUCAUCAUUUGUACUGCUAUCUAUUUUAACAGAUUUUCUAUAUUUUUAGGUGGAUGUCAUUAGAGCCCCACCAGUAGAGAAACUGGUAGAUUUACCUCCUGGAAUCAAAUUCCCAGUGUGUCCUAAACAUCCCAUCCAGUUCUGUACCACCAAGCUUUCACAAAAGGUAUAUACUAUUUAAUACCAUAAUCCAAUCAAGAUUAAUAAGCAUAUAUUUCUAAGACAUUUAAUAGACAUCCAUGGAUUAAUAAGUAGCUUUGUAUUUUUAAUGUAAAACCAUGUAACACAGUAAAGGAGUUUAAGCAUAAGGCUAUCCUAACUAUAAGAUAAGGCUAGGGACUAAUGAAAGUAUUUAGAAAAUUGGGCAGACUAGAUGGGUCGAAUUGGUUCUUAUCUGCCGUCACAUUCUAUAUUUCUAUGUUUCUAUGUGUAAGUGAUCUAUUAGAAAGCAUUAGAAGAAUAUGAAAAUUAGCAUCACAUCAAUCAUUGGUUCUAUUGCACAUUAUUAAGAGGACACUCCAGUCACUAUAAAAAUUUAAUCUAAUUGAAGUUGUUAUAGUGCCAGAAGACCCCCAACCACACUCUUACCUUAAGGGGUUAAACCGUUCUCAAAAAGUUUGCCUCCAGAGCUGAUCUAAGGUCCCCCAAGUAACAUUUGGCUUCUGGAUCUCUUUUAUAGGAAGUUCUCGGUGCCGCAGAUUGGCUUAUAGCAGUCAGCUGAUGCUCUAAGCCAAACCGUAGCUCCCGAUUGAUAAAAAAAAAAAAAAGUACAUGUUUUUAUUUUUUUAUCAAUCGGGAGCUACUGUUUGGCUUAGAGCAUCAGCUGACUGCUAUAAGCCAAUCUGCGGCACCAAGAGCUUCCUAUAACCGAGCUCCACAGCACUUAGAGCAUUAGCUAACAGCUCUAAGCCAAUCAGCUGUGUCAUUGCCUGGGAACACUCAGCAAUUCAUGUAAUUAAGAACCAGAAGCCAGAUGCCACCUGGGGGACAGAUCGUGACUGAAGGCAAACUUUGGGGUUAAACUGUUAGAGAACAGUUUAACCUCUUAAGGUAGAAUUCCCCACCCCCGGGGCCUCCUGGCAAAAUAACAACAUUAUUUAGAUGAAGUUGUUAUGGUGAUUUGAGUAUUCCUUUAAUUCGUCUACCACAUAACAGAAAACCAGUACUUUGACCCUAAGACAAAGUACAACCUAGUUUGCGUUAUGAUAUUUUUUUAUUGUGUUCAGUCAAAUAUAUUCCAUCAUAGUUAACAUUCAUAUUUCAUAAAAAUUGUAUCUUUAUGAAAUACUAAUUAAGUAACUUGAGGUAACAGAGCCGUUUUAAUUCAGGACUGUGUUGUUUUAUUGGUUACUUUAUGCUAAUGAAUGCUCUUCAGAAUAGGUUUACAGAAUGAGUACACAGAAUUCUAUGUUGUAAUCUUUUUGCAGCUAUAUAAGACGGGUCCAUCAUUUGACCUUGAUGAUCCACAACUCCAUUUGAUGAAGACAACCUACAAUAACUUACAUGACCCACACUUAAAGCAAUAUUACAACCGUAAGAAGAUCAAACAACGGCUAUUUGAUGGUGGAUUUAUCACCAGUGAUGACCAGGUAGGUAUAUGAAAAAAACAAAAACAAGACACUAACUAUCCUUUAAUUUUACACUAACAUAAAGUGAAAUUGUGGAAAACAAGUUAUAUUUCCUUCUCAAAAUACCUAAUGUAUCUGUAAUGGAGCUUCCUGUACCCCGGUUGGGCACCUCUGCCGACGGAUGCUCCUAGUGCUCACCGAGGACUCCAAGCACUCCACCAGACACCAUUAGCACCGCAGUCUCCAAAUUCAGCUUUACAGCUUGGCCGGGAACUCGCUGUCCUCUACCCACCCUGGACCUACGACAAGGCUCCAGGUUCCAGUGGGUGAACCUCUCCUCCAAGAGAGAGUAGCAGGAACAAGCUCUUAAAAAAGCUUAGUGAUUAUAAUCCCUGAGGAGUAUAGUGAUAUAGCAAUCCUCAGGGUAGAUGCAGCCUUUUCCUCCCCACAUGAGAUGAGGCUCUAUGUUGAGGGUAAAACAGGAACUCGGCAGAUCUGAGGGUUUAUUGAAUAGCUUGGUCUUUUAUACAGUUUUCCUGUGUCCCUGUGCGCCACAAGGUCCACCUGGGUGCUAACCUUGUGGGGAACAGGGACACAGGAACAACAAGCCAAUAAAAACAUACUUUUACAUUACACUCUCUGCCUGUGAUAUAAUUAACAAAGACAAUGGACUAACUCAUUUAACUCUAAGCAUAUCCCCAUAAAGGUCACAUCCCUGAUAGCUCCCAUCAGGGUGAACAACAUAUCCAAAAAUCACCCAGAUUGGUUCAGGGAUUGGGAAUUUCCUGGAAGUCAUAAUUUUGACCGACCGCAAGCAUGGCCCCAUGCCCAAACAGUUCCAUAGAAUCAGGGCUAAUGGUCGGUCUCUCUGUCUGGAGUACAAAAGUACAUAACUCACAUGAACAGAGCCUGUUUAAAGUAUUUUAGCCAGGUUUAUCACAGGGGCCAUAGUCACAGGGCAGGAGGCUGGCAAACAGUCCCCUCCAAAAACCAGUGGCUAAGGUCAUUUUUGAAACAUCUCACCCUCCCUAAGGGAAGACUAACCAGGUACCUGACCUUCUGUCGGUCAGUGCCUAAGUUAGUCGAGUAGCCCCUCCACAAGUAGAGACUGGUACUCCUGGCUUCCUGGUUGCUCUCCGUCUGGUAGUUGGGGUUACUUUGUGGACAGAGACCAGCGGUACUCUGCCCUGCAGCCAGCGUUACAGCUGGGUAAUUGAGAGGGAUGGCAGUUCCAGGAUCCAGAACAAGGGGAGGAUAGAGGCCAACUGCGCUCUGCCCGGUUGCCAGCGCUUCUGCUGGGGGGACUAGUACGUAGAUCUGCCCUGUUAAAAGGGGGCAAGUAGGGCAGAGGCCAACUGCACUCUGCCCUGAUGCCAGCUCUUCUGCUGGGAUAGGGUCAGUGAAUACUAACCCCAAGACCUGGUUGCGGAUCUGCUGUGAAAAGGAGGGAUUGCGUACCUCCUCCUCCUGGCAUUCCUGCAGGGUUGGUUGGGGAUCUGGAUGAGCCAUCCAGCAUCCCUGUAGGUCUGGUGCAGAGACCGCAGUCCCAUCUGCACCAUCGGGGUUAGGGGUGCUGUUCCCCUGUGGUUGGGAAGAAGGACCAGGUGUCUCCUCUCCCGGUAGCUGCUGCUGCUGUUGGAGAGAGAGACCAGUUGUCUCCUCUCUCUGACACACACCCUGCCGCUGGGGAGGGAGGAAGCUGCUCUCCUCUCCCUGUGACUCGGUCUGCCGCUGGGGAGAGCGACUGGUUGUCUCUUCUCCCUGGAGGGUACACUGCCGCUGGGGAGGGAGGGCGAUGCUCUCCUCUCCCUGUGAUUCUGUCUGCUGCUGGGGAGGGAGACAGUUUGUCUCCACUCCCUGUAAGUUACACUGCCACUGGGGAGGGAGGACGAUGCUCUCCUCUCCCUGCAAUGGAAACUGCUGCUGGGGAGUAGAACCGACGGUCUCUACUCCCGGUAACUCAGCUGUAGCUGGGGAUCUGGGCUGUCUGUCCAGCAUCCCUGUAGGGCCGGUAGAGAGACCUCAGUCCCAUCUCCACCUGCCACCUGUAGGUAGUCCCAGGACCGGUCUAUGAAGUCCUCCCAGCUGAAGGGUUGUAGGUCUGGAUCUGCCACCCAGCUCUCCGUCUCUGCCUGCCAGGUAGAAUGGGACUGAAUUGAGCGAAACAGGCGUUGGUAGUCCUGCUCCAGUUCCCACUCCAUUCUGAACAGAUGAAUCAGGUCUGACCCCAGGUCGUCCACUCGGAGGAGAUACAGUAGGGCUUCCCUGAUGUCAUGGAUGUCCCAGAGCCGACACUCUGCUGGACAUCCAAAGUCAUUGCCCUCCUCAAAGGCCUCCCACAGUAAGCCCGGCCAUUAUUGUCCUCACCUUCCGGCAUAUCGUUGUCAGCCAUCCAGUGGUUGUGCCGGGUGGCGUACCACUUUAGUGCCCGGUAAGUGUUGUCCAGCCUCAACUCCUUCCAAAUCAGGUUCCACAGUUCCGUCACCCACUCAUCCAGGGGUUGCUCUCCUAGGAAAGGUAACCGAAGGGCAACGUAUACCUGGAACCACUGUUCUUUCCUUGGAAGACUCUCGCUCUGCCUCCACUGCACACCCUCUAAGGCCUCAUACCACAGCUCCUUUCGAGUGGCAUCUCUCCAGUCCAGUAUGCCUUCCUCUGAUACAGGCCCAUCCUGUUGGGCCAAGUGUUGCUGUAACCUCCAGAGAAACUUCUCCUCACAUUGGGACGCUGCACGGGUGCUAGCUCGCUCCAUUCUCCCGAGUACCUCUGUAGACAGGGGCACUGUAUGGGGACAAGUGUUGCCCUCAAUUAUAGAUCCAUAACAUUACCGGUGUCUCUGAGCUGCUUCUCCUCGCACUAGACAGCCAUCCAACCGCUGACACCAAUGUAACGGAGCUUCCUGUACCCCUGUUGGGUACCUCUGCCGACAGAUGCUCCUAGUGCUCAUUGAGGACUCCAAGCACUCCAUCAGACACCAUCAGCAUGGUAGUCCCCACAUCCAGCGUUACAGCUUGGCUGGGAACUCGCCGUUCUCUACCCACCCUGGACCUACGACAAGGAUCCAGGUUCCAGUAGGUGAACCUCUCCUCCAAGAGAGAGUAGCAGGAACAAGCUUAGUAAUUAUAAUCCCUGGGGAGUAUAGUGAUAUAGCAAUCCCCAGGGUAGAUGCAGCCUUUUCCUCCACACAUGAGAUGAGGCUCUAUGUUGAGGGUAAAACAGGAACUCAGCAGAUCUGAGGGUUUAUUGAAUAGCUUGGUCUUUUAUACAGUUUUCCCCACAAGGUUACCACCCAGGUGAACCUUGUGGGGCACAGGGACACAGCAACAACAAGCCAAUAAAAACAUAGUUUUACAUUCAGUCACUCCCAUACAGUGUACGCAAUCCCUCCCCUCUGUCUGUGAUAUAAUUAACAAAGACAAUGGACUAACUCAAUUAACUCUAAGUAGAAAAAAACAUACAUUUUUACGAGGUCUGGAAAACACCCCAAAACACAACUUACCAACUCUUCCUUACAUUACCACUAUUCUCAAAGAUAUUGGCACUUUGGAGGUUAGGUCACCUUGUUGAGAUUUGUUUAUAAUAGCCCUAUAUUUUAGUUUGAUAAUAAAAUAUGUUUUGGAACUACUUAGUGUUCCAUAAGAAUUCUCUAAAUAUGGUGCCCAUGAUCACUCUGAAGUACAGGAAAGAUACUUAUCUUUGCCUAAAGGGGCAGACUAAGCUUCAGAACUGCUAAAGAGUGCUGUAGUGGAUAUGGUUCCAGGUGUCCCUGGGCUCUCUCUGAAAGUAGUUUGUCAAACUAUCUCUCAGCCAAAGAAUACUAAUGUUAAUAUUAAAUACUAAUAUUAAUAUACAAAUAACAGGUAUCGAGUACGAGCUUAGUGCAAAUAGUAAGAUACUCUAACGCCUCGGUGGAGUCCCCUUAACCUUCACCAACAUUAGAAAUCACAAACAAAUAAUAAGGUGGAGUAUCUUAUAUACACAAUAAAGAUGGAUCUUUACACAGGUAUAAUCCUAAAAUAAAACAUAGAAGAAAAAGCAAAUAUGGUGCAAUAUCGUUUGGUAUUGUUUUGUGUAUUGUCCACACAGUAUUCUAAUAGAUAUAAACUCACAAGUAAGGAGCCACUAUAUGUAAGGCUCAAGAGUUUCGCGUUGUGGGAUAUAUGAGGCCCUACUCCCUCCUCUGUGUGACAGGAUCCUCUUGGAAUAUAAUCUCAGGAAUGCAAAUGAAGUAUUUAAAGUGCUUUAUUCCAUAAAGUGCACAAUGAAAGAUAAAAGAAUAAUAAAUAUAAAAGAGACCUUACAGUCUGUGCUGGUAAGUCACACAGAGGAGGGAGUGGGACCCCAAAAAUCCCACAAGGCGAAACUUUUGAGCCUUACAUAUAGUGGCUCCUUACUUGUGAGUUUAUAUCUAUUAGAAUACUGUGUGGACAAUACACAAAACAAUACCAAACGAUAUUGCACCAUAUUUACUUUUUCUCCUAUGUUUUAUUUCAGGAUUAUACUUAUGUAAAGAUCCAUCUUUAUUGUGUAUGUAAGAUACUCCACCUUAUUAUUUGUUUGUGACUAAUAUUAAUUUGUAUGUGAUGUGUCCAGGAAAACCUGUGGAUAUGGCAAACCUAAAUGGAAGCUGCUAUCUGUAUAUAUCAAGUUACUUUAGUUUCACACAGAAAAUACAAAUCAUCAAACAAUAUUGCAUAUAUAUUGUUAGUUAACUAAAUGAAAUUAAAUUAAUAAAAUAAUUCUCUUGUCUAGGUUAUUUGCACUUUAAAGGAAUAUAAUCAAUACAGGGAGUACCUCUCAAGCCUACACAGAAAGGAAAUGAAAAUAGUAAGUUGGAUUUUGAUUUAUGGGAGAGACAAUCAACGUAACAGACAAGGUGUAAUUUUCAGAGGAAUGAUAUUUAGCUAAUAACAGUAUAGAUACUGUAUAAUACUGUACUUUCCAGUAAAGCCAAAAGAAAAUGCAACAAUGGAUCACAAAAUAUAAAGUCACUUGUUUAUAAGUGAGUAGGUCCUGGAACAAGUAAGCUGCUGUAUUUAAAAUAUCCAUGAAAUAUGGCAAAGGCCAAAAUCAGAAUAAAAAUAGUAUGCAGGUGAUACUCAAAAAAUUAGAAUAUCGUGCAAAAGUUCAUUUAUUUCAGUAAUGCAAUGUAAAAGGGGAAACUAAUAUAUGAAAUAGACGCAUUACAUGCAAAGCAAGAUAGUUCAAGCCGUGAUUUGUCAUAAGUGCGAUGAUUAUGGCUUACAGCUCAUGAAAACCCCAAAUCACCAAUCUCAGUAAAUUAGAAUAUUGUGAAAAGGUGCACUAUUCUAGGCUCACAGUGUCCCACUCUAAUCAGCUAAGUAAGCCAUAACACCUGCAAAGGGUUUCUGAGCCUUUAAAUAGUCUCUGUCUGGUUCAGAAGGAAUCAUAAUCAUGUGGAAGACUGCUUACCUGACAGUUGUGCAGAAAACCAUCAUUGACACCAGGGGAGGGCUGGCAGCCUUAGGCCUGGGGGGCAAAACCAGUCAAGUGGCCCAUUGCACCACCAAAUCAGUCCACCAUCCAUGCCCACCUUUUCCUUGUUUUAUAACGGAUAUUGAUGUUAUGCUAAUCAGUAGCUCUUUGCCAUACCUGCUCCUUCACGGCUCUGACUUUCUUAUUCUUACCCCCUCCUACUUCUUCUUACUCCCUCCUACUUCUUCUUACUCCCCCCUCUUCUUCUUACCCCCUUUCUUCUUAUCCCCCCUUUUUUCUUCUCCCCACUCUUCUUUUUACCCCUCUUCUUUUUACUCUUCUUACUCUUCUUACCCUCUUCUUCUUCUUACUUCUUCUUCUUACACCCCUUCUUCUUCUCUUCUCUACCUCUCUUCUUACUUCACUCUUCUUCUUCUUACUACCCUCUUUUCUUACUACCCCUCUUUUUUACUCCCUCUUCUUACUCCCUACUUCUUCUUCUUACUCCCCUUCUUCUUUCUUACCCCUUCUUUCUUCUAUUCUUUCUUACCCCCCCUUCUCUUUUUACUCCCCACUCUUUCUUACUUCCCUUCUUAUUGCUCCCCUUCUUCUUAUUCCCCCCUUCUUCUUAUAUUACUCCCUUCUUCUUACUGCUCUUCUUUCUAUCUUCUUCUUUCUUUACUCUUCUUUUCUACCCUCCUCUUCUUUUCUUACCUCUUCUUGUUACUUCUCCUCUCUUCUUCUCUCUUUUCUUGCUCUCUUCUUUCUUACUUCCCCCUCUUCUUCUUACUCCCCCUUCUUCUUACUCCCCCUUCUUCUUCUUACCCCCUCUUCUUCUUACUCCCCUCUCUUCUUCUUACUCCCCCUUUUUCUUCUGUUUCCUGUACCCGGCUGGACUGACAGGAAGUGCACACUGAGUGACUGAGUGUGCACCUUCCUAUCACUCCAGCUGGGCACCGAGGACCGGAGAGGAACUCGGCCAUGCGACAGGGGAGGCGAGAAGCUGUGCUGCAGCCGCCAGAGGCUCUUAACAGAGCGCACAGGCGGCUGCAGCAUUUAAAGGGCCGGCUGCAGCAUUUAAAGGGCCGGCCCUGCAGCGGCCGUUCUUAAAAUAAUUUAGGGUGGCCUGGGGGGCAGUUGCCUCCCUGCCCCCCGGCCCAGCCCGCCCCUGAUUGACAACCUCCAUAAGGAGGGAAAGCCUCAAAAGGUAAUUGCGAAGGAAGUUGGAUGUUCCCAAAGUGCUGUAUCAAAGCACAUUAAUAGAAAGUUAUGUGGAAGGGAAAAGUAUGGAAGAAAAGAGUGCACAAGCAGCAGGGAUGACCGCAGCCUGGAGAGGAUUGUCAGGAAAAGGCCAUUCAAAAGUGUUGGGGACUUUCACAAGGAGUGGACUGAGGCUGGAGUCAGUGCAUCAAGAGCCACCACACACAGACAGAUCCUGGACAUGAGCAUCAGAUGUUGUUUUUCUCUUGUCAAGCCGCUCUUGAACAACAAACAACGUCAGAAAUGUCUUACCUGGGCUAAAGAAAAACAGACCUGGUCAACUUUUGCAUCUCAUUUGGAAACCGAGGACCCAGAGCCUGGAGGAAGAAUGGAGAGGCACACACUGCAAGAUGCUUGUGUUUCUCUUGUCAAGCCGCUCUUGAACAACAAACAACGUCAGAAAUGUCUUACCUGGGCUAAAGAAAAACAGACCUGGUCAACUUUUGCAUCUCAACUUUUGACACUGUUGCACAUAGAAGGCUUAUCAAUAAACUGCAAUCUUUAAGUUUGGAUUCAAAUAUUGUUGAAUGGGUAAGGCAGUGACAGGCAACAGAGGGUUGUAGUUAAUGGAAUAUAUUCGAAGCUUGGACUUGUCACCAGUGGGGUACCUCAGGGAUCUGUACUUGGACCCAUUCUCUUUAAUAUUUUUAUUAGUGAUAUUGCAGAAGGUCUUGAUGGUAAGGUAUGUCUUUUUGCUGAUGAUACUAAGAUAUGUAACAGGGUUGAUGUUCCAGGAGGGAUAAGCCAAAUGACAAAUGAUUUAGGUAAACUAGAAAAAUGGUCAGAAUUGUGGCAACUGACAUUUAAUGUGGAUAAGUGCAAGAUAAUGCAUCUUGGACGUAAAAACCCAAGGGCAGAGUACAGAAUAUUUGAUAGAGUCCUAACCUCAACAUAUGAGGAAAGGGAUUUAGGGGUGAUUAUUUCUGAUGACUUAAAGGUUGGCAGACAAUGUAAUAGAGCAGCAGGAAAUGCUAGCAGAAUGCUUGGUUGUAUAGGGAGAGGUAUUAGCAGUAGAAAGAGGGAAGUGCUCAUGCCAUUGUACAGAACACUGGUGAGACCUCACUUGGAGUAUUGUACACAGUACUGGAGACCGUAUCUUCAGAAGGAUAUUGAUACCUUAGAGAGGGUUCAGAGAAGGGCUACUAAACUGGUUCAUGGAUUGCGGGAUAAAACUUACCAGGAAAGGUUAAAGGAUCUUAACAUGUAUAGCUUGGAGGAAAGACGAGACAGGGGGGAUAUGAUAGAAACAUUUAAAUAUAUAAAGGGAAUCAACACAGUAAAGGAGGAGACUAUAUUUAAAAGAAGAAAAACUACCACAACAAGAGGACAUAGUCUUAAAUUAGAGGGACAAAGGUUUAAAAAUAAUAUCAGGAAGUAUUACUUUACUGAGAGGGUAGUGGAUGCAUGGAAUAGCCUUCCAGCUGAAGUGGUAGAGGUUAACACAGUAAAGGAGUUUAAGCAUGCAUGGGAUAGGCAUAAGGCUAUCCUAUCUAUAAGAUAAGGCUAGGGACUAAUGAAAGUUUUUAGAAAAUUGGGCAGACUAGAUGGGCCGAAUGGUUCUUAUCUGCCGUCACAUUCUAUGUUUCUAUGUUUCUAUGUUUCUCAUUUGGAAACCAAGGACCCAGAGCCAGGAGGAAGAAUGGAGAGGCACACACUGCAAGAUGCUUGAAGUCCAGUGUGAAGUUUCCACAGUCUGUGUUGAUUUGGGGAGCCAUGUUAUCUGCUGGUGUUGGUCCACUGUGCUUCAUUAAGUCCAGGGUCAACGCCGCUGUCUACCAGGAGAUUUUGGAGCACUUUGUGCUUCCUUCCGCAGACGAGCUUAAUGGGGAUGCUGACUUCAUUUUCCAGCAGGACUUGGCACCUGCUCACACCGCCAAAAGCACCAAAGCCUGGUUCAAUGACCAUGGGAUUACUGUGCUUGAUUGGCCAGCAAACUCGCCUGACCUGAAGCCCAUAGAGAAUCUAUGGGGUAUUGCCAAGAGAAAGAUGAGACAUGAGACCGAACAAUGCAGAAGAGCUGAAGGCCACUAUUGAAGCAUCCUGGUCUUCCAUAACACCUCAGCAGUGCCACAGGCUGAUAGCUUCCAUGCCACGCCGCAUUGAGGCAGUAAUUGCUGCAAAAGGGGCCCAAACCAAGUACUGAGUCCAUAUGCAUGCAUAUACUUUUCAGAGGUCCGAUAUUGUUCUAUGUAUACACCUUGUUUUAUUGAUUACAUGUAAUAUUCUAAUUUACUGAGAUUGUGGAUUUUGGGUUUUCAUGAGCUGUGAGCCAUAAUCAUCGCACUUAUGACAAAUCACGGCUUGAACUAUCUUGCUUUGCAUGUAAUGCAUCUAUCUCAUAUAUCAGUUUCCCCUUUUACGUUGCAUUACUGAAAUAAAUGAACUUUUGCACGAUAUUCUAAUCAGUAUCACCUGUAAAAUACACCUACAUCAAGCAAAAUUGAACUGAUAAAAAUGCAAAAAUAAUUAAAGAAAACAUAAUUAAUGUAUAAUAUUAUUAAUAUUCGGUUUGUUUUUUUAGAUGUUGGAGAAACAAGAUUCUGUCCAAAGCAAUGGUAUUCCUAAGAUAUCAGAGAGAAAACGAUUUUACUAAAUCAGAAAGGAAUUCUUCCUGUUAAUUUCGUCACAAGUGGAUUCCCUGCAAAUGAUAAACGGUCCACAGAUAUGGGAAUGUGUCAUCAUAUGAAGAGUUGUUAAGAAGUUAAAAUAUGAAGUUUUUCUUUUAAGAAACACUCUAGGCACUGUAAAAAUUUAAACAUUGUAUUAAUUAUAGUGCUUGCAGCCCCGUGGCGCCAUUCCUGUGUUAAAUGUUCAACCAUGUUUGAAUAGUUUAACAUUUAAUGAGAGGCCCGCUGCAUGGCCCUUGCUUGGAUGAUGGUUACAGUGUUGCUACACUGUAGUUACACUUAGCCAUGCCAGCAAUGGGUGUCUGUGACAGUCUGUGAGCCGUCAGCUGUUGCUCAAACCAUGCCACUGACAACCAUUGAUGCUUGGCCUAAUGUGAAUGUUUGUGCCUGAGCACCAGAGGAGCUGGGCAGUGGGCAUCCGAGGACCCUCAUACAGUGUUAAACCAUUUGAAUAUAUUUUAAGAGUGAAAAAGGGACAGCGCCAGGGUACUACAGACACCUUAAGCAUUGCAAAGAGACUGCCUUUAAUCAGACACGAGUUGUUUGCUGGUCGUACUACCUUUGUACAAAAAGUAAAUAUGGAAAAACUUCAUAUUUUAUCAGCUAAAUCAGUCUUUCAUAUCAUGAAAGGUGGAAAUUAUGUCAUGAUUACUUAAAUUGUGG